UAUAUAAAAAGAGUUCACUAACAGAGCGAUAUCAGUUGUCAAAGUACCUGUCUCUAGCAAAAUGUUCUCCAAAAUCCUGGCUGCAUGCGCGGUGCUGGCGGCGUGUGAGGCUGGUCUGGUGCACCACGCUCCGGCGGUCUCCUCGCAGAACAUCGUGCGCCACGACCAGGUGCACCACGAGGCUCCCGUGCACUACGCGCAGGUGCAUGCCGCCCCCGUGUACCACGCCGCGCCCGUGUACCACGCGGCGCCCGCGGUCCAUGCCGCGCCCGCCCACCAGGACGCGCACUAUGUUGAUGAAUACGCCCACCCCAAAUACGGUUACUCUUACUCCGUGGAGGACCCGCACACCGGCGACCACAAGUCCCAGCAUGAAACCCGCGACGGAGACGUGGUGAAGGGAGAGUACUCGCUGCUGCAGCCUGAUGGCUCUUUCCGUAAGGUCACCUAUACCGCGGACCACCACAACGGUUUCAACGCUGUCGUUCACAACAGCCCACCAGUCAUCCAUCAUCAUUAAACAGAUGUGGCCCAACCUGUGAUAUUAGACAUAAUCAUAUUGUGUAGACAAGUUCUUAUGAUACUCAUUUUUAUAUCUCGUUAUAAGCUUCGUAAUGUGUGUUUUCUGUUCACAUUUAUUUUUAAGACUUCAAUACUUUUUUCAUACAAUUGUGUACCUGGUGUGUAUUGAAACCUAAUAAGAUUCAUGUUGUAAAUAAUACUUCUCUAGAAAUACUUUAGCUGCUUUCUUAUGUUUUCCUUUCUUAAUUGUGUGUUUUUUCGUUUGUGUCAUGCAUACUUGCUGUACAGUGAACAUACUACGACAAUAAACAUUUCACAACAGA